CACCAACUGUCAGAGACUCAGAGUCUCAGGGAGCGUCAUUUUCAAUUUCAAGAAUAUAUAAUAAUUUUCAGAAUUUUUCAUGGUCGAAGAUGGCAAAAUCAGCAUUUUUUAUUUUAUUUUAUUUUAUUUUUUUCUGACGAGAGUUCGUAGUUUCAAUUACAGCCAAUCAAGCCCUUCUUUCUUUCUCUCUCCGUUUUAUCUUCUUUCAUGGGGGACUUCUCUGCAAUCUAACGAAGUGAAGCACAACACUCUCCAACUCACAUGGGAAGUGAGAACUGGCUCAACAACAAUAUCAGGGGUGGAAUGAAUAGAGCAGAGAUCGAUGACAUAAAACGAAUUGGGUCAGUUAAAGCAGCUGUUAGUUUGUAUGGAGAACGAUUUCUGGAGAGAAAACCUGGGCUGCAAAAAACUCAGGUGAGUUUCUCAGAGAAGCUACCAUCGAGCGCAAAGGAACUACAUCUGGCAAAGAGGGACAUUGGUCGACUGAAUGAGAGCAGAAAGGUUGCAGAGUCUGAAAAAGCCCAAGCAGAAUCUGAACUUUUUAAUGCGAGGAAGACUGUCAAGGAUCUCACUUUGCAGAUAGAACAAUCAAACUCAGAGGCUAAAGCACAGAAGCAGGAGAUUGAAAAGCUGAAGAAGAAGGAAAGAGGUGAAAAUGGACUGCCACUGGAUGUUGGAGAAGUGGAUAAACAUCAGUACAUGGAAAUGAUGAGGGAAUUGGAAUUUGUAAAACAUGAGUUGAGUAGACUUAAACUUGAUAUGGCUUCUGUUAAACAAGCCAAACUGAGGGCAGAAAAAGAAACUGAAGCCUCGGUUUCGAGAAUGAGGUCUUAUUCAUGCUCUGUGGAAGCACUAAGAAAAGAGAUUGAGGAUGCCAAUGAGGAACAAGUACUUGUUGAGCUGGCUAGGAUCGAAGCAAUUAAAGAACUUGAAGCCAUUGAAGCUCAGAGAGUAGCCGAGGCUACUCAAUUUUCCGAUACAAUAGAGAAAACCAGAAACAGAAUCAAGGACUUUACUAAAGAACUUGACUGGGAAAAGAAACUUGAAACCCAACUGGCCAUAACAAAUGCAGAUGUUGAUGUCCUACAGAAUGAACUAAAGCUAGUAAGGGCAAUGGAGAGCAGGGUUAAGCAAAACGAAAAUCCAGGUGAUACUGAGGUUAGUGAGGGAAGGGAAGAGCAAUCAGAAACUUCAAUGUUGUUACAGUCAGUAACAGAAGAACAAGAAGCAGCAAAGAAAGAAUUAAUGUCUAUCAGAGAAGAAGGAUACCGGUUUAUGUCCUCCAUGGAUGCCAUAAGAGAUGAAAUCAAGCGUGUCUCCAAAGAAUCAGCCCAAUUGAAGAGUUUAGAAGAUAAAGCAGACUUAACCGUUCAGAGUCUCAAUUCUAAGCUACUCAAGGCUAAGUCAAAGAUGGAAGCAGCAUCUGCAGCCGAGGAAAAGGCAAAGGCAAUUGUAUCCAAUUUAUCAAUCACGCUUCAGCAGUUAAAAACAGAAACAGAUGCAGCCAAGAAAGAGAGAGAGCUAAUUAGAGAAGAAACUGCUUGUGUUCAAGCAGCAAUUCAGAAGACAGAAUCUCAGAUUGACUUGGCGGAGAACAGAUUGGAAGCUGCCAUGCAAGAGCUUGAGGCAGUGAAAGCAUCAGAAGCAACUGCUCUUGAGAGCUUGAAAAAACUUUCUGAGAAAACCAUGAGAGCUAGAGCUAUGGCAUCUAAGCGAAAGUCUUCAAUUACCAUCUCAAAAUUUGAAUAUGAAUAUUUGAUUGGGCGUGCAGAGGAGGCCAAAGAAGUUGCAGAUAAAAAGGUGGCAGCAGCUGAGGCAUGGGUUGAAGCAUUAAAAGCCUCUGAGAAGGAGAUAUUGAUUGAGACUGAAAUAGCCCACAAUGAAUUGAAAGAGCUACAAGCAAAGCAAGAGACAUCCAGAAAAGAUAAGUCAAUGGAAGUUGAAAGAGCAGCUGGGACUGAGCAUUAUGAUGCAAGACAACAAAGUGAGAUAAACAAAGACUUGCAGGUGGAAAAGGCAUUGCGAAGAAAAUCCUUGAAAGAAAAUGGCAGCUCAACCCCAAGAAGAGCUAAGCCACGAAAGCCUAGUUCACCAGGAGCUUGGCAUGUGGCUAGGUCAGCUUCCAUCACACGUAGGAAGAGGAAGGCAAUGCGAAACAUGGCCAAGUUAUUUAGAAGGAAAAGAACUGACAAGGAUCACUUAUCUGCAUGCAGUAAUGUAUUAGAAUGAGAUGCAGAUAUGAAUAGUAUUGGUUUCUUCAUUGGGUAUGGGUACUUACCUCAUUAAUAUGAUUUACACUUUCAACUUUUUUUUUAUAGAUGAUUUAACACUAUUAACCGAGGAACCUUUUGGCAGUUAAUUUCCUCCCGUUAACCUUUUCUUCUUUUGCUUUUAUACUUUCUUAUUAGUGCAUUCCUGUCUAGAAACAAGUUUGGUUUAUAUAUGUUCUUUUUGAAUGAACGGAAAAAUGUACUCAAGUGGAUUGAGGGUGGUGAGGGUUCAGUAAGACAGAGUAAUGAAAAUUGUGUAUGUUCUUGUA